AUGUCGAUGCUGGGCAGCAUCACGCAGCUCUCCGGCGCGCACGUCGAAGCACAGAGGUGGCUGUGGAGGGCGCUGGACAUUCUCGAGUCGGACGCCGAGGAAGCCCUAGAGCUCGCCAGGAAGGCAACGACCGCUUUUGAUGAAGCGGGCGAGUCUGACAACGCUGCAGAUGCAUCUCGCUUGGUGGUCAGCGCCACUUUCAGCAGCGGUGACAUCGAGGGCGCUAUCGGCCUGGCCAGCGAGCAGCUGGAGGCGUCACAGCGUGGGGACGCGCUCAUGCAGGCCUACGCGCACUUGAUGUGGGCCGAGCUGAUGCUAGCACUUGGCAAGUCCGAGGAGCUCAAGGAGCAUGCCGCAUCUGCCUGCGAGACCUUCCGAGAGCUUGGAAAGAGCGGCUGUGUGGCAAAAUGCACAGCUGCCUUGACACAGGCAUGUAUCCAGGAAGGCGAGGGCGUGGAGGGUGAAAGGCUUGCACAGGAGGCUCUGGCGCUCUGGAAGGACUUGGGAGACAAGAGGGGUGUAGCAGUGGCCUGGCAUCUGCUCUCCGCCGCCCGGUCUGUGAGCGGCCAAGGCAGCCUCAUGGAGCCCCUCCUCAAGUCGCUGGACCUCUACCGGGAGCUGCGGUGGAGGCGGCUCGAGGCCACCGCGCUUUACAACCUUGCCGAGCGGCAGCGCUAUGAGCCCAACGGAGGGCUUCCAGCUCAGAGGACCGCCGAGGAGGCCGUCACAAUCUGGAGAUCGCUUGGCAAUUACAAGGGCGAGGCCACGGCUCUCACGGCGGUGGUAAAAGCCAUGAUCGUGCGCGGCCUGCAGUCCGAUGCGCUGCAGCUGAUCCAGGAUCGCGUGGAGGAGCUGAGGGGCCCGGAGAAGAAGUCUGCGCUGGUCCACCUCGGAUCCGGCUGCGUUGCUGCGUUGCAGGAAUGCGGUGCGAACGAAGAAGCACUGGCGCUCGCAACCGAAGUUCUGGCCAUCACGCAGGAGAUAGGAAACAGGCACGAAGAAGCCUGGAUGCUCAAGAAGCUCUCCGAGGUGCGGAGUGGCAUGAAGCAGUAUUCAGAUGCCCUGGUCUGCGCCCAGGAGGCUCAGACGAUUUUCCAGGAGCUUGGUGACCAGAGCGGUGAGGAGGAGGCGAUGAAAAGUCUAUCCCAGAUCUACACGGCGAAGCGGGAGGCGCACAAGGCCCCCUACCGCCAGCGGGCGCUGGAAGUCCUAGGCGAGUUUGCCACCUCGGUCGCCAAGAUGGAUGCCGAAGGAUUCCAAAAAGCCCUCACGCAGCUUCGUCUGUACCAGGGGGUGGAUGGCCAAGAUGUGGCUGCAAGCUUGUCGGGCGCCCUGGAGGACCCAGACGUCUACAAGUGGUACAUCGAAACCUCCGCCGAGUACUUCCAGGUCUCCGUCGAGGAGGCGGAGUCCAUGGUCGGCCGGGCACCCCUGAACCCCAUGCAGCACGCCGUGGCCUUCGAUGCCCGGGGCUUUGAGGGCGGAGGACUCUAUGUGGCCUUCCGCUUGGGGUCCAUGGGGUAUGGGCCAAGCUUCCGGCCCGUCCAGCAAGUCUACCGGCAAGGGAGGCCUUUCGAGGCAGAGCAAGGCGAGCCGCCCGCUGUGCUGGGCGUGCUGCGGGAUGAGACUGUGGAGGAAUGGGAGCGGGUCGCGUUGAUGCAGGCUCAUGCUGGCGUGCUUGAUGGCGCCCUGCAGCUCACUGGCAUGUACCACAAUCGCUUCACCCAGCAGUUUGAUGCAUUUGUGGAGUACCAGCGCCAGCAGCUGAAAGAGGUCCAGGCGCACCCAGCACAAAACCGCUGCAAAGCGCAGCAGAUGGCAGAGUUUUCUCGGCCAGGCCUCCUGAGGCACCUGUUAGCAGACACCUUCGUCUUAAUUGCCACAACGGUGCAGAUGUCAGGCAGAGGCGGUGUGCACCAACUGUGGGAGUACGAUCCUGGCAAGAUGGGCAGAGUCCUGAGUCUGUUCUCACCCAGGUUCUCACCGGAGCUGCGCGAUCCUGCACAGGCCGUCCUUGAGCCGGUGGGCCGCGGAACACGCGCCGCUCAAUUUCUAGAAAGUCUUCAGGACGCACCAUCCCGACGCACACACAGCGUCAGCGAAAUGUUGCUGCACUUGGAGAAGUCCUACGCCCACUGCGCGCCGUCGGAGGUGGAGAAGCGUGUGGUGCUUCUUGAGCAGCGCGUUGGGCAGGCACGAGAGGGGGAAAGCUCUCGGAUUCAGACCCUUUACGAGCAGGUGAGAAGGCUACAAGAAGGCCUACACGCCCUGCGCGUGUCCGAAGAGAUCCAUGAUGAGCGGAGGCAGAAGGAGCUGAGAGUUGUGGAAAGCAGUAUCGUCUCGGACCUCCAAAAGGCAGCUACCGAAAGGCAAGAAGCCGAGCAGAGGUGUCAGGACUCAGUCGACAGCGUCGUGGAUGCCUGCCGCACGGAACUCCUGAGGGAGCAGUCGCAGAGGGAGACUGUUCACGACGACUGCUCGCGAGAAGUUGGCGAAGAGGUCCAACGGCUCCAAGCCUUGCUUGAGAAGCAGCGGACGUUGCGCAUGGAGUACGGGGAGCAGAUUGUCUCGCACCUUGAGGCAGAGUUCCGGAAAGUCCAGGAUGCCAUUGUCAGUGAGCAGCAGCUGCGGUUUGAGGCAGAGGGCAUGAUGCUGCGGAUGGUGGAGGAUGUGUGCGGGCGACUGCAUGCCGAGAUUCAGCAGGAGCGCUCCCAGCGCGAGGUCGUUCAGAACAAGCUCUUGGGCUUGUUGGAAGACACCUGCUCGCAGAUCGAGGGCAGCUUCUCCCAUCUCAGCACGCCGUCGAAGGCGGGGGUGUCGUCUGAUGUGUAUUGA